UUAUGUGUCCUAUAAUAUAUUAAAAGUAUAUUUUAUAUGUAUUUAUGAAGUUUUAUCAUUAUGAUUAAUUUUUUGUUAAUACUAAAGACUAUAAUACAAAUAGACAAAACUUUUAAAGAUUUUUUUUUUAAAAUUCAUGGUUGCAGCAAUCAAUUCUCAAAUUCUUAUUUUAAGGUUAUGCUCCUUUAAAAUGAAGUCUUAGGUUGGAGAUACUCGAGAUUCGAUUAUUUUCUUUUGCAUUUUAUCCUAUUUUAUAUUUUUGAUUUCAUAAAAAAAGAUAUUCCCAUUCUCCACACAUCAAUAAGGACAUGUCCUUUAGCGGUUUAGCUAACGUGAAAGCUAUUUCACCAGACAUCGUAAUUACAUGGAUUUUUUUUUUCUUUUCUCUUUUGUUUUAUUUUAAUAUGUUUGAUUCCUUAUAAAAAAAUUAUACAAAUAUUUUCUCCUUCAUUGCUACAACUGUCAUUUAAUUUAAUUAUGUACUAUAUAGAAAACAAAUCACCUAACUCCGAACGUGAGACGUUAAAACAAAAACAUCUACUCACUUCUUUAUUACCAUUCUGCAAUUUGCUAGUAAUAUUCAUUCAUUUUAGCAAGAUGUUGGUUUACUUUUUAAAACCUUUUUCAAUUUUGAUGUAUUAAUUAAUAUACAGCUUAAAUCAAUUCCGCACGACAGUUAAUAAGUGUAGUUUUUAUCCAAUUAUUUAUUUAGUAUAUAUGUCUGAGAUUUAACUAUUUAAGUUUUGUUUUUAGUUUGUUUGUUUCUCAAGAAAUUCGUUAAUUGGAAAAAACAACAAAAUCAAAUUAAGAACUAAUUUUUUAUUUUUUAUUUUUUAAAAUUAGCUUGAGAGUUGGCUUAGAUCUAUGAGAUUUUGAUCUAAAGAUCUGCCAUCUAGUGGUUCAUAAAAAAAAGAUCUGCCAUCUAAGAUUUAACUCCUCUAUAGAAAAUGGGUGAAAGUAGGGUUAAAAAACAAUAAAUAUUUAGGCAAUUUAGGCAAAAUCUAUAUGGGCCUAGCUAAAAGCCCAUGAAAACUUGAAAAAGUUGUAAAAGGCAUGACGUAACCAACCCAAAACAAACACCUGAUCAACCUCUCUUAAUUCCGCAUCAAGUCACAUGUCGUUUUCCGUUUCCCUUAGAUUUCCCGGGAAAAGGAAAUAAAAAAAUAAAAAAUAAAAAAAAGUAAAAAGAAAAAAUACAAUAAAAAGACAGAAGAGGGUUUAUGUUUCAACGCUUAGUUAAAUCUGAAGAAGAAGAAAGAAGUCAAAACUCAAAAACACUCAAUGGAAGAUCCUACCGCAAGCAAUGUGACUCCUCCUCCAUCGAAUUCUUCAACUAACAUCAAUCCAACAACACCGUCGAUGAACACUCCGAUCAUCUCACUAGAGUCACGAAUCAACCGUCUGAUCAAUGCCAACCAGUCUCCAUCACCAUCACGGUCCAUAUACUCCGAUAGAUUCAUACCGAGUAGAUCCGGAUCCAAUUACGCGCUCUUCGAUCUCGCUAAAGACGGGAGAGAAGACGGAGCAGGAUCUUACGCGACUCUGUUACGCGCGGCGAUGUUCGGUCCCGAGACGCCGGAGAAACGGGACAUCACUGGGUUCUCUACGUCGCGUAAUAUUUUUCGGUUUAAGACUGAGACGAAUCGGCGUACGGAUUUGUUUUCGCCGUUUGUGUCUGAUGAUGAUGAUGGUCCUGGUGUUAGCCAGAGUCCGAUCAAGAAGUUGAGGAAGGUGUCGCGAUCGCCCCAUAAGGUACUAGAUGCACCGGCAUUGCAAGAUGAUUUUUAUUUGAAUCUUGUGGAUUGGUCAGCACAGAAUGUUCUUGCGGUGGGACUAGGGAACUGCGUGUAUCUGUGGAACGCUUGUAGCAGCAAGGUAACUAAACUAUGUGAUCUCGGAGCUGAUGAGAGUGUUUGCUCGGUGGGUUGGGCCUUCCGUGGAACUCAUCUGGCUGUUGGAACUAGUACCGGGAAAGUACAGAUAUGGGAUGCGGCGCGAUGCAAGAGAACAAGAACAAUGGAAGGACAUAGUCUAAGAGUUGGAGCACUGGCAUGGAGCUCAUCGGUUCUUUCAUCUGGUAGCAGAGACGAGAGUAUUCUUCAGAGAGAUAUACGUUGUCAAGAAGAUCAUGUCAGCAAACUGACUGGUCAUAAAUCCGAGGUAUGCGGACUCAAGUGGUCUCACGAUAACAGAGAGUUAGCAUCUGGUGGUGGAAGCGACAAUCUGCUUUUUGUAUGGAACCAACAUUCAACGCAACCGGUUUUGAAAUGUAGUGAACACACAGCAGCGGUUAAAGCCAUAGCUUGGUCACCUCAUGUUCACGGGCUUCUUGCUUCGGGUGGUGGCACUGCUGAUAGGUGCAUACGUUUUUGGAAUACAACCAAAAAUACUCAUUUAAGCUCCAUAGAUACUUGCAGUCAGGUAUGCAACCUAGCUUGGUCUAAGAACGUAAACGAGCUGGUUAGCACGCACGGAUACUCUCAAAACCAAAUCAUAGUCUGGAAAUACCCAACCAUGUCCAAAAUUGCAACUCUGACUGGUCACACACACCGUGUUCUGUACCUAGCGGUCUCACCAGAUGGACAGACGAUUGUAACCGGAGCAGGAGAUGAAACCUUAAGGUUCUGGAAUGUCUUCCCAUCCCCUAAAUCUCAGAACACGGAUAGUGACAUUGGGUCGACAUUCUUUGGUAGAACAACAAUACGGUGAAAAGAUCUUCCAAGAUGCAUAGAGACAGAUCAUACAUAAAUAUCUCUUGCAUUUCUUCAACAGCAGUCAGCAGCCUCUGAGUUGGUCUUCUCAACCAACGUUUUUCACACGGAUGCAAAAAAAGAUCUAUAACCCUUUUGAGAUAAUAAUACCAUCUGGGUUCACCACAAAAUUUUCAAACUGUAUAUCUUUAUUCAAAUUUUUCUUUUAUACGUCAUCAUACAUAAAUUUUUGUUGUUCAAAUUUUGCCUACGAACACACCAUUUUUAUAAUGAGUCCAUCAAUAAUAAAAUAAACGCAAUAAUUCGUUGCCCUA